UUCUUCUUUCUCUUUCUAUUUUGUUCCUCUUCUUCUCUCCUCUCUGUCUCUCUCUCUCGCUCUCUCUAUCUUUCAUAUGCUGACUAAGUUGCAGAAACCCAUCUCAGAAAACCAUUAAAAUGGUCGUUUCUCCGAGUGGGUUUUCUCUCUCAUCCCUUUCUCCAUUACCAUUCAUCCCCCCAAGCUUCGUGCUAUCUUUCUUUACUAAUUGUUAGACAAGAAACCUGUCAAAUCUGUGUUUUUUGGGUGGGUAAUUUCUUUACCCACUUUCUCUCUUUGUCUCUCUAGCCUUCUUGUUUCUUUGGCGUUUUUGGAAAUGGCUGGGUUUGAGGAGAGAGGCCAGCGUUCAAAGGCAGGACCUAGGGUUCCUUCUCUAACUAAGCGUGUGCCUUUGGCUUCUUGCUCUACAAAGAGGCCAGCAAAUGAGAACAAUGCUAAAGUGCCAGUGGUUCAACAAACACAACAAGCAAAGAGAAGAGCGGCACUGCAUAAUUUGACUAAUCAAUGCAGGGAAAACCAGGGGAUGAUUGAGUUGACAACCACGAAGUUGAGGAAGGCACCCAUUUCACAUGUCCAAGAUGCAGGAACAAAGGAGAACAGAGCACCCACUUCAUCUGUGCCAAAGUCAUUUGGAGUGGUUGCCACUAAGGAUACUCAUUUAUCAAGGAAAGAAGAGCCCAAGGGACCUCAUUUGCCAAGGAAAGAAGAGCCUUCUUUUGGUUUUGUCGAGUUUCUUGCACCCUGCAACUCCAAUGUGUCGCCAAACCGAUCAGAUGGAGAUUCAGUUUCGAUGGAUGAGACAAUGUCUACUUGUGAUUCUUUGAAGAGCCCCGAAUUUGAAUAUGUAGACAAUGCUGAAGAUUCAAUUGUAGCCUUGGAGAGGAAAACAUGUCAAAAUCUCUACAUUUCGAAGCAAUCAAAUGAAGGAUCAGGGCUUGUGCCUAUGGAUGAGGAUAAGUUUUCUGACAUUGAUGCUGAUCCCACGGAUCCACAACUGUGUACUGCAUAUGCUUGCGAUAUUUAUAACUACCUUCGUGAAUCUGAGACCAAAAAGAGGCCUGCUGUAGAUUUCAUGGAGGGAAUUCAAAAGGACAUUACUGCAAGCAUGCGUGCCAUACUUAUUGACUGGCUUGUGGAGGUUGCGGAGGAGUACAGGCUUGUGCCUGAUACUCUGUAUUUGGCUGUUAAUUUCAUCGAUCGUUACCUUUCAGACAAUGUGGUCCACAGGCAACGGUUGCAGUUGCUUGGUGUUGCCUGCAUGCUUAUCGCAGCUAAAUAUGAGGAGAUUUGUGCUCCAAAUGUUGAGGAGUUUUGCUACAUCACCGACAAUACAUAUUUACGAGAUGAGGUAUUGCAGAUGGAAUCUGCUGUUUUGCAGCAUCUGCAUUUUGAACUAACCACUCCAACUGCUAAAAGUUUCUUGAGGAGGUUUUUUAAAGCUGCUCAAGUAUCGAAUGAGGUUCCAUGGUUGCAGCUUGAGUUCCUUGCCAAUUAUCUUGCAGAAUUGUCUCUUCUUGAAUACAGUUCCCUCUGUUACUUUCCAUCUCUAAUAGCUGCCUCUGCUAUUUUCCUUGCCAAGUUCAUGCUUUAUCCUUCAAAGAGACCUUGGAACGCUACCUUGAGACAUUACACACUUUACCGACCAUCAGAUCUUCGCAACUGUGUUAAAGCUUUGGAAGUCUUACACAGCAACAGUCAAAGCAGCAAUACCAACUUGCCCGCAAUAAGAGAGAAGUACAGCCAACACAAGUAUAAAUGUGUAGCCAAGUAUCCAUGUCCUCCUGCAAUUCCAGCUGAAUUCUUCCAAGAUUAAGCCAUCAAAUCAAAAGCGACACCAACUUCUACUAAUCCUUUGUUAGAUUGAUGGAAUAUAUAUAAGAACCAAAUGUUAUUUCUCUAAUUUUUCUGCAGUUCCUUUUGUUAAUAUCUUCUUGUAUCCCAAUUUUUCCUUUUUUCCUUUUUUACUGCAACUGUGAUCAAGUGGGCUUUAUGAUGAGAUAGCUGACUCAGCUGUUUUUUGUAUGAGAAUUGGAAUGGUUGUAUGCACGAGUAGUAGAAAGGUAGAUUUUUGUUAGGAACGGGCUUGAUCUUGAGUAGUUAGCAGCUGAUAUUGAGAGUGCUACAUCUCAAGUUCGAUUCCUCCCACUGAACUACCCAAAAAAAAGUGGAAUUUUGUCUAGUGGUAAUGAGAUUAUCUUUAGCUCUUUGUUU